AAAACUAUAAUGCAAAAAAUUAAAGCAGCACAAAGUGAAAGAGAUCAUUUGUCAAUGCUUUUUACAGAAUAUAUCAAUGAUGUGAUGGUAAAUCAAAAUACAUAUUCAACCCAAUCUUGCAAAGAUUUUCUUUGGUCACUAGUCGCAAAAUUAAUUUCUGAAUUUAAAGCCCAGGAUAAGUAUAAGUUAUUCAAAAGUGCACCAAGAAUUAAUGAGGAAGGUUUUAAAAAAAUUCUUGCCUGCUAUAAGUCUGAAAAAUCACGUCUUGAAACAAUAUUUAGGCAAGACAUGCAUAAAACAGAGCAUUAUGUAGCUUCUGAACGUGGUGCUUAA